AUGAGGAUGCGCUCCGUUGUUAUGGUGAUGCUGUUGCCAGCGCUAAUGAUGUCAGGAUCAGAAUGCAGGUCCAGCUGUCGACUCACCAAUAUCUCCAUUACCUUGGAAAGUGAGGAAUGUGGCAGCUGCAUCACAAUUGACACCACUGCCUGUGCCGGGCUUUGCAAAACACAGGAAAGUGUUUACCGUAGCCCAACGAUGAUGAACUACCAGAACACCUGUAACUUCAGAGAAUGGACCUACGAGACUUAUGAGUUUAAAGGCUGCCCUGCCAGGGCCGACUCUAUCUUCUCUUACCCAGUGGCUCUCAGCUGUGAAUGCAGCAAGUGCAAUUCAGACGUCACAGACUGUGGAGUUCUCAGCCAGCAGACAAUCAGCUGCAAUGUGUAUUAG